CGAAAACGAAAACAAAUGACGACGAUCUCUUUCGGCCUAGUUUGGUUGCUGUAGAAGUGAUCAGAUAUUUGAGACAUGUUCGUUUCUUGUACGUACCUGAAGUCAUUAUGGAGAUCUUUGAAUCACGUUUCCUCCCGGUUCUGUAAAUUAACAGCAGAGCACCCGACGUGCACCGGAAGACUCGUGCACACUAAAACCAACAGCAGGACCGGUCCAUUCAACACAAGGAAGCUGAUGCGAAAUGGGGAAGAAAAGAAACCAGUGAUCUGUGUUGAAGGGAACAUUGCCAGUGGAAAGUCAACAUGUCUGGAGUAUUUCAAUAAAACCAGUAACAUGGAGGUCCUGAUAGAACCCGUUUCCAAAUGGAGGAACGUCCAUGGCCACAACCCUCUGGGUCUGAUGUAUCAGGAUCCUUCACGUUGGGGGAUCACACUGCAGACGUACAUACAACUCACAAUGCUGGACGGACACCUGUCCACCAUAUCAGCUCCAGUCAGGAUGAUGGAGAGAUCCAUUUACAGCAGCAAGUACAUCUUUGUGGAGAACCUUUACAGAAGCGGGAAGAUGCCAGAGGUGGACUACAUCAUUCUGACCAAGUGGUUUGAUUGGAUUAUUGAUAAUAUCUCUAUUACUGUUGAUCUGAUUGUGUACCUCCAGACCUCCCCGCUGACCUGCUAUCAGAGACUGAAAGAAAGAUGCAGAGAAGAAGAAAAAGUCAUUCCUGUGGAGUACUUGCAGUCCAUCCACCAGCUGUAUGAGGACUGGCUCAUUAACAAAGCUAAAUUCUCUUGUCCUGCUCCUGUUCUGGUGAUCCCAGCUGACCAUGACCUUGAAGAGAUGCUGCGCCUGUAUGAAGAGAAUAGACACAAGAUUUUAACGACAACCAGCCACUGAUAUUACACACUCAUACACACGCCAUGAUUAAGACGUCAAACUCCAAGUAAACUUUAAAACAAUAAUAAUAAUUUUGUCACAAAGCUUUUAGGUUACCGGAUUUUACUUUCUGCUGUUACUGGUAUGUUCUUUUUGUUUCACUGCAGGGCACGUACACCGAUUUGUCCCGUUUAAUUUCCAGAGAUAAUUUAUUUCCAUUGUUUUGAGGCCCAGUUGUGUUCCAGUGUCAACCAUGUUACAUCAACUAAUGAUAUGCAUUUGCUGACCUAAUUCUUAUAAGUCUUUCUCUGUGUGAUGUACAGUUUAAUGUUUGAGGUUAACAUUCUUUAUGAUCUUGUAAUAUUUUUAUCAUCUUUAUCUGUGGUGCACUUCUCUUAAUAAUGUCUGACCAAAGAAGUCACGUCUUUUUCUGGACCAUUAAAGGUAGAGCAAGUGGGAUUUGCUAAAAAUCAAUCUAUAGACUCUUACAAAAGUAACAGCUCUCAAUCAUCACUUAUGACCCACUAGACGUGUGUGGCGGUGUCUGUAUCUGCAGAGACCCUGUCCUCUGUCUGUGUUUUCUUAUUUGUGUACGGGACGUUUCUGGGCGUUAACCUUUGGGCAGCGGGACUCUACGUAGCGACCAGGGGCCAGAUCGAGAUCGUAAGCACGCAUUCAAGAGGAAGCUAUGACAAUGGUGGACACAAUGCCGAAAAGAUGCAAAGAGAGCGAGACGAAACACCAAGCGGACAAAGCGCAUUCCAAAAUGAGAGUGAAUCUGGUGUUGGCUUUCGCCCGCUGGCGAGCACUGAAGGAGAGGAUGGGAAUGAAGAGCGAUGCGGAGUUGGCCCGUACACAGGGAUGUGUUCUGGUACCUGCGGUCAGGGGGUGUGCCCUACUGGUGACAUUAAACUGGGGGAGGGGCCAACUUUUAAUGCGUUUACAAACUGCAACCGACAAAUCCUACUCGUUCUACCUUUAAGGUUUCUACCACAGGGUCUAUUAUCACAUUAUUUCUCAGCUGGUCUGAUAGUUAUUUUUUUUCUUUCUAAAUAAAACUAUUUUACCCUAAAGCCAGAUACCUCCUAAUGAAUAUUUGAAUGAUUUGUCAGUUUGGUCCAGAUAUAAAUUCCUAUCGGUCUCAUGUCAGCCGAUGGUGUCUUACUGAAAAGCAUUACAGAAGUUAUUUAAUGGCAAUAGUCCUUUGUUCAUUCAAGUUAUUUGGUUUGCUGUAUAAUCUUUGGAAAUUACUCUAAAUACUUUUUACUGUUUGCUGAUUUUGUUCUGGACAAAGUUCAACAUUUUUAGAUAGUUUAAAGCUAGUUAUUUAUGUAAAGCUUUUGCUCUGCUUAGUAAAGGUCAAAUUGAGCCGAAUGCUUUCAUAUUCUGCACAAACCAUAACCCCGAGUCUGGUCUAAAAAAGGUUAAAAAUGUAAUUUGCCAUUGUUUGAAUAAAAUAAAUGAAGUAU